AUGGCUACGGAAGACGCGAAACCUAUAACUGUGAAAAAGAUACCUCUAAUACUGAACAGGAAGAUUAUAAUUAAAAAAGGCAUCAAGUCAAUAGGGAAGAACAUAAAAGUGGUGAAAUCGUUGCAGAAUUCGUUUCAAGAGGAUGUGAUUUAUACGUCUAAAGAAGGUGAUUUCAUGGCGGGGGAAGCCCGCAGUAUGACGAUAGUCAACCGUCUAAAUGUAUUGACUAAGGCUUGUAAAACUAUUGCGAGGUGUCACAGCCACACAGGACAGUUGUAUGAGAAGACCUCUGAAGAAAUAACUAAGUUAAUCGGUCAAAGUAAUUACGAUUUAUUAUUUAGUUCCCUGUGCUCAAUUUUAAGUCAGGAAUUGAAGAUUCGAAGCAUACACUCCUUGCUGACUGUUCCUAAGAAUACAAAUUCAGCGUCUUGCCAAACAGAAUUCAGUGAUGCGAGUUAUACGGUGAAUAAAAACUAUGUAGAAACAAUUUCGCAGACUCACGAGACUUGCUUAAGUGGUUUCACAAAGAAAACUAAAAGACGGAGCCGCCGAAUGAACUUAGCCCCUCAAGUUGUUACGGAUUCACCGAAGGAAGUCAAGAAGCCACGUCGAAUAAUAAUAUCUCCAGAUAAAUUUGCAGAUUUCAAAGAAGAGAUUGUUAAGACCGAGUCCUCGCCAGAAGUUAAUUUGCCCGAACUUGGGUCUGUGUUUGACGAAGACUCUAAUUCGGAUAACAGUAUGGGACGGUUUUCUUCAUUGUCUAUUAAAACGACAUCAGAUUUAAUGGAUAAUCCGUUAAAUAUUAUUAGUAACGUUGAUCGUCAUACGAGGGACAUUAAUAAUGAAAGUAAACCAUGUGGUGUUGCGGAACCAUUUAGAAUAUUCAACUUAAAUUCUCCUGAGAGUCCUGGGGAUGAACGGAUACCGUUCGACUUAAAAGAUAUGUUACGUCACGUGCCACCAGAACAACGGAUGAAGCUGCUACUCCAACAAGGUUUAAUGGACUGGAAAUAUUGUCUAACGAUAGACCAAGACGGUCAUUUACCUAUCCACGUGGCUGUGCUGACGAAUGAUGUAGACCUGCUCAGACGUCAGUGCUUAGUGCUGAAGAUGAGAGGGUCUACGGUGGACCUGCUUGCUGACGGAACGACACCGCUAAGAAUGGCCCUCUUCCAAGAGAAUCCUGAACUAACAUCGGUACUCCUGAAUGCUGGAGCUGAUCCCUUCGACGCUGAUGAUGAGGACCGGACGUCGUUUCAUAUAGCUGCUGAUAAAAACACCGAACAUCUACCCGUAUUGCUGAACUACUGCCAUUUGAAUGCUAGGAACUUGUUACAUGAAAAUGAAGCAUUAUGGAGACCUGGUUUUGAGAACAAAACUGAUGAAGAAUUGCUGCCCAUACUUAUGAUGCAUAUUAAUAAGCAGUACGAUUGCCAGGGUUACACCCCGCUCAUGGUGGCGAGUAAAUCCGGGCGAUAUAACAAUGUGUUGGCCUUAGUGGAGAGUUGUAGGGCCACGGUGAACAUGGCCUCGCCCAACAGUGGGAUCACGGCUCUCUACCUCGCUGUCAGCGAAGCUUGCAUGGAUGCAGCAGAACGAGGCAACAAAACAAAGAUAGUAGACCAUUACAAAAGAACUAUAGAAAUUUUAGUAGAAAAUGGCGCCGACCCCAAUAUUAUUAACUUCACGGGUUCUAGCGUGAACGACCUCUUAGCUGAAUUUAGUAUAGCUGAACUAUCGAUGCUAAUAGCUAAUAAAUUAACAUCUGUACGGUAUUUCGAUAAUGCGCUACCAAACGGUAGCAAGGGCAGCGAUUUUAUGCUGUACAAAGAUGAUAAAGGCGACGUAAACAUAAAAGAAGUUAAAGAAAAGAAACCAAUAACGCCACCGGCCAAAAAUCCACCAAAUAUCCAGAAAAAGGAUUCGCCAGUCAUUUUGGAAAAUAUCACCAUUAAGACCCCAGUUAUAGGGAUCCCUAAUAACCUUUUGAAACCUAUCAAAGUCGGUCCCAUAACUCAGUUACCUAAAAAACAAGAUAAUGCGCCCCAAUUGACGCCUGUAGUGCAAAAAUUUAAGCUAAAUAAACCUAUUAUAAUGUCAGAGAUAGGGGACAAAAGGAAAUUGGAGAUUAUAUCGCCGAAUGUCAUAAAAAGAUUGAAAAAGAAUGAUUAG